AUGUCAUCAUUAUCUGGUUUUCAUCAGACUCUACUUCCGUUGGUGAAAGAAAUGGAUCAAGUAGCACCAAGAUUUGAACUGAAUAGCGAUCAGAUAGAUAUUAUCCACGAACCAUCCAAUUUUUAUGAUCAUUUAAAGCAAAAGAUAUCAAAAGCUCAGAACAGAAUUUUCUUUUCUUCAUUAUAUAUAGGAAGGACCCAGGAUGAAUUAAUUGGUUGUAUUUCAGAAGCUCUAAAAUCAAAUCCAAAUUUGAAAGUUCACAUAUUGACUGAUGCUUUAAGAGGUACAAGAGAGGCACCAUCCAAGUCAUCGGCAUCGCUUUUAGGUCAACUCAUGAAAGAACACAGUGAACAAGUGGAUAUAAGAAUGUAUCAUACUCCAAAUUUGAACGGAAUAAAUAAAUCAAUUGUUCCUAAUCGAUUCAAUGAAGGUUUUGGACUACAACAUAUGAAAAUUUACGGAUUUGAUGAUGAAGUUAUGCUUUCAGGAGCAAAUUUAUCGUCUGAUUAUUUCACCGAUAGACAGGAUCGUUACUAUUUGUUUAAAAGCAAAGGACUAUCAGACUAUUAUUUUGAUAUACAGAAGACAAUCAGCUCGUUUAGUUAUAAGCUAUUAUAUUCAAAUAAUAAUUCAAAGUUCAAACUCGAAUGGCCAGAUUCAAAUCCUUUAAUUGAACCAAUAAAGAACCCAAAAGAGUUCAAAAUCCAAUCUUCCAAAAUCCUUCGAGAGCUUUUGAGAGGUGACAAAUUUCGUUCUAAAAUAAUACAAACUGAAGAUUCAACAUCACCCAAAACGUUCGUUUACCCAAUAUCUCAAUUUACUCCUUUAAUGAUAACCGACGAGUCAACAGAAAAGCCAAGUAUAUUAAAACUUUUGAAUUAUUUAAAAGAACCUUCAAUAAAAUGGGCUUUCACUGCAGGAUAUUUCAAUAUGUUACCAGAAAUUAAAGACAAGUUAUUGCAACUAAAUUCAAAGGGUAAUGUCAUAACAGCUUCUCCAUUGGCAAAUGGAUUCUAUAAAUCAAAGGGAAUUUCAGGAUACCUACCAGAGGCGUAUUUGUAUCUUUCCAAAAACUUUUUGAAAGAAGUAAUAUUGAGAUCUAAGCAGGAAACAAUUAAACUAAGAGAAUGGAAAAACGGUGAGGUUAAUACUAAAGGGGGCUGGUCUUAUCAUGCAAAAGGUUUUUGGGCAACUUCACCAGGAGAAACACAACCAUCAAUGACCAUCAUCGGCUCAUCAAACUAUACUAGAAGAGCUUAUUCAUUCGAUCUUGAAACGAAUGCAUUAAUUAUAACUAACGCCAGUAUUUUGAAAAACAAAAUGCAACGUGAAUUGGAUAACUUAAUGGCUCAUACAAAGGAGCUAACUUUAAAAGAUUAUGACGAGGAUGAAAGAAAAAUCAGUAAAUUUGCAAAAUUUGCUACAAAGCUUCUUGGGAAAAGGCUUUGA